AGGUACGUGGAGCGGUGUCAACAGCCAACCAAUUCAUAAUAAAAAAGGAGUGCUUAUAGGUUGCAUGAAAAACUUUGUUUACGAGAAGAAAGGAUCCGCACAGCAUGGUCGUUGGCUCAUGAAAGAGUUUAGUCUUGACGGCGCUUUACUCGACCACGUCAAGAGAUUGAAGCAAGAAAACUACAAAGAUUUAGUCAUAUGCCAAAUCAAGUGGAAAGAUCAAGGACGAAACCGGGCAAGAUCAAGUGAUGUCGAGGUUCUUCAAGCCAAGCCAGUUCUUAAUGACCAAUUGGGUGAAUUCCGCUACUUGAAUUCCGAACAAACAAUGCAACAAGCAACUACCAGCACUAUUGCAGUAGAGCAGGAAGUCCAAUCCGAUGAAUUUGAUACGCUGAACAAGGAUACAGCAGUGGCACAAGCUGCCUUCAUCGUGGGACAAAAUCAGAUUCAAAUGCAAGAACAUAGUAUUAGGCCCCUUGAAAGAUCUACACUGAUGACGAGUAGUUUUGACGUUGAAUCAUUGUUGCCUACUGUGAGAUACGAAGAUGGUAUUCAAUCCGCUGAGAGCAAUUUAAGUAUUGAUAUGAAUGAAUUACUUUAUUUUCUGGACACUUCGCUCGACUUCAAAUGUUCAGGACCCCGUGAUUGAGUGCAUGGAUUUGUCGAAGAGAAUGGACAAAUAUUCUGCUGAAGAAAAUGGAUUAUGUGACGAAAGGUUCGGAAUUGGGUCAAAAGAGUUUAUGGAACAGCUGAUGAAAGAUCAAGAAGAAGACCCUUUCUUGCUUGACACUAGCUGGGAAAAAGAUUUAGACUUGGAACUACGAAUUGGAUGAGUUACAUUGCAGCAAGACAUUCUGUUUUUUCAAUUUGAAUUUCUAAGAUAUUCUGUUUUUUCAAGUUGAAUUUCUAAGAUGUUAACUCCAUGUUUGGGUUUUCUCUGCCUUGGCGAUUGCACAUGAUUGGGUUGGUUUGGUAUGUAAUAUACUCAAGUCGGCAAUGAUGCAUUUUCAUCACCUUGGCCUCUGUAUGUAUAAAGUUUUUUUUCCCUUUAAUCUUUAUACA